AGCCCGUAGUCUCUUUGGAAACUUCUGCCGGGGGAAAGAGCUAGGAAAGAGGAGCAAACCGGUGUGGGGUUCUCUCUCUCUCUCUCUCUCUCUCUCUUUUUUUUUUUUUUUUGCUCCUUUUAAUUACCCCCUCUUCCGUUUGCACCCUUCUUCGAGCUUCACGCAGAACCUGCGAAUUUCCAAGAGGUGGUGGCACAGCGGGAGCAGAGAGGUGUUAGGGGUUUGGAUUGGGGGCUUUUUUUUUUUUUUAAUUUCUUGAUUUCAACAUCUUCCCCCACCCUCGCGGCCACCGCCGCCGCCUCUUACCUGUUCCGCGGCAGCCGCGCGCUGCAGGCAGCUGAAGGUUAGGGACUAGGGGCAGGGUGCAUUUUAGGUCUUAAACCAAAUUUUUGAAGACAAACCCAUUUUGCUCCCCCCCCGCCCCCACCCCCCUUCUCCUCCACAGCCUCCGAGCUCAUUAUUUCGGCGGUUUCUUUGGGGUGAACAAUUUUUGGCUUUUUCCUCCCUGUAAUUCUGAGCAGGUCUGGCCGGGGGGGUUGUUUCUCUGGCCUCCACUCCCUCCGCGUGCACCUGGCGCUGCUCUUUUCCCCCCAACCUGUUGCAAGUCCUUUAAUCCUUGCAACUGGGACUCGCUUGCAGGCACCUCAGCCCUCCAUCUCUCCCCACAUUUUGCAAUUGUCUGGGGGAGGGCACCUGCUCUACCUGCCAGAAAAAAAAAAAAAAACAUUUUUUUAAUUUCUCCGGACGCCCUCCUGGCCCCUUUCUCCCCACACUCUCGCUCUCGUGCCCCGCCCCAAGGUAAAGGGGAAGACUCGGAGAAGAUGGUGCUCACCGCGGUCCUCCUGCUGCUGGCCUCCUGUGCGGGGCCGGCCCAGGGCCUGGGCUCCUUCGUGCACUGCGAGCCCUGCGACGAGAAAGCCCUCUCCAUGUGCCCCCCCAGCCCCCUGGGCUGCGAGCUGGUCAAAGAGCCCGGCUGCGGUUGCUGCAUGACUUGCGCCCUGGCCGAGGGGCAGUCGUGCGGCGUCUACACGGAGCGCUGCGCCCAGGGGCUGCGCUGCCUCCCCCGGCAGGACGAGGAGAAGCCGCUGCACGCCCUGCUGCACGGCCGCGGGGUUUGCCUCAACGAGAAGAGCUACCGCGAGCAAGCCAAGAUCGAGAGAGACUCCCGUGAGCACGAGGAGCCAACCACCUCCGAGAUGGCAGAGGAGACCUACUCGCCCAAGAUCUUCCGGCCCAAGCACACCCGCAUCUCCGAGCUGAAGGCCGAGGCGGUGAAGAAGGAUCGCAGAAAGAAGCUGACCCAGUCCAAGUUUGUGGGGGGCGCCGAGAACACUGCCCACCCCAGGGUCAUCUCUGCCCCCGAGAUGAGACAGGAAUCUGAGCAGGGCCCCUGCCGCAGACACAUGGAGGCUUCCCUGCAGGAGCUCAAAGCCAGCCCACGCAUGGUGCCUCGUGCCGUGUACCUGCCCAACUGUGACCGCAAAGGGUUCUACAAGAGAAAGCAGUGCAAGCCUUCCCGUGGCCGCAAACGUGGCAUCUGCUGGUGUGUGGACAAGUAUGGGAUGAAGCUGCCAGGCAUGGAGUAUGUCGACGGGGACUUUCAGUGCCACACCUUCGACAGCAGCAACGUUGAGUGAUGCGUCCCCUCCCCGUCCUCCCCUCGCCCCAUCCCACCCCCAGCCCUGACUCCAGCCAGCACCUCCCUCCACCCCAGGACGCCACUCAUUUCAUCUCAUUUAAGGGAAAAAAAAAUCAUAUAUCUAUCUAUUUGAGGAAACUGAGGACCUCGGAAUCGCUAGCAAGGUCUCAACUUUCAAACCGGCAACAGCAGAGAUGCAGACAGCUAAGGAGACCCCCACACACACACGCCCCUUGAAAAAUCUUGAAAAUGGUUUUCUUUUUGAGGCAAGUUGAAGGGACAGGGAGGGGAAGAGAGGAGGACAUGAGAGAGGAGAGAGAAGGGAAGAAAGUGCACGUGUAGAGGAGAGAAGGAGACACCAGAGUGUCGUUUCGAAGAAGAAGGAAAGAAGAACGUGGGCAGGAAGGGAAAGAUCACCGGGACCAUGGCUGGACCGGCCCGUCGUCGUGUCCAGCCCUGGCCUGAGUUGGGAGACGUUUGGGCACCGGAAGGUAUGGCCCAAGGUGUGGCAUCCGAUGGCACCCUUGGGGGUUUUCCCGUCUGGAUUGGUCACGGGGGGAGAAGGGAAAAGACCGGAGGGGUCAGCACCUCUCCUGACCUAUCUCCACCACCAGCCAGCAACCUGCAUGGCUUGAACCCGCUCCUCCUCCCCUCUCCCCCCAGCAGAGGGUUCUCCUUCCCCAAAACUUCUGAAAACUAAAAUGCAUUCCAUUCCUCUCCAAACAAAGCAACAGCAUAGCCGAGUGCUGUUAGAUAGAUUGGUUUUCCUACGCAGAAAUACCAAGAGUAAGUAGGUGUGCGUACUUCAGGCCCCGUGCAGACUUUUAGAAAGCAGGACACACCCCGGAGCCGAGAGACUUGCUCUCCCAGGGGGACUAGAUCAUGCUGACACGGGUGGUUUGAGCCCCCCGCGGCGCUCCCUCCGCUCCGAGCACGGCCCCUCUGGGGGAGGAUAGGCUGACAUCAACGCGGCCUCGUCCAUACUUCUCUACGAGGCUCCAUGUAGUCAUGUAUAAGGCAUAUACGUCUACGUUCUUUCUAUUUUGCUUUCUUCCUUCCUUUCCUUCGAAGGUUUGCAUUAACUUUUCAAAGCAGUUCCUCUGGGUGCACUGAGGAGCUUCCUCAUUCUGGGAAAACCGAGAAAACCCAUAUUCUUCUGACACAACCCAUAACUGCAAUUUUGCCAGCCUCCCAUGAGCGGCAGAUGCAAACCCUCGGUGGGCCACGGUGUUAGACUCUUUCCCGGCUUCCCGCGUGCAGGUGUGGGCAGGUGUGCCCACAGGUACCCAGCCAGGUAGACGGGGGCUCUCCGCGGCACGCCCCCCACGCCCCCCCCCCGCACCCUCCGCACCUCUGGCGUUGUUAGCCCUGAGACCCUCCGGGAGUCACCGCCUCUGGACCCUGCACCAAACGAGCACAACGGGGACAAGUGUGACCCACUGGUCCUGCCCGGCCUUUUUCUCCCGUCCGGGCCGAGCCUGCAUUUUGACAUUUUGAGGGCCUUGCUGGGCCUCCGCGCUGGUCGAGCAGGAGAGAGCCUGAAAUGAGAGAGGGACGUGAGCGGGAGGGACGUGAGCUGGGGUGAAUGCAGGGGAGCCGGUAAAAGGGGAGCAGGAGGGGGGUACCAGCUGGAGGGCCAGCGGGGACUGCCUCCUUCUAGCUCUGGAGCAAAGCAACAGGAAGGGGGACGAAGCCCAGCGCGAUUGCCUGGCUCCCCAUCCUCUAGGCCUUUGGGACUCGAGAGGACAGCAAGAAGAGAAUGGGGGCGCAGUUCCUCAGAGAGAAAUGAGCUUGCUCCAGGCCUGGGCACCAGGGACGGUGGGCACCGUUAGGUGGGCUCUAACACCUGCCACUGGGCAGGAGCAGGGAUCGGCACAGACCGGCCGUGCCUUCGGAGGGACAAGACCGUGCACGCGGGUGGCCACCUCCGCUCUGCAGUGAGGGACAGGUGGCAGACUGUUGCAAGCCCUUCAACGCCUCCGGCCAGCGCAGGGUCUCUCCCUGGGGCGGAGGACGGGACAAGGGCCCAGGACAAGCGGAUGCUGCAGGGUGUUGUCCUCAGGAGCCAGGUUCGGAACCAGGGAAACUCCCGUUCCCGCUGACGUCCUCAACAAACCGGUGCCCGUGGGGCUGUCCUCGGAGGCCGGAGCCAGCCUGCCGGGAGAGGGGGCUGGGACACCGGCGAAGGGGCCCCCUCCUCGCUGUGGACACAGCUCUCUCCACUCUUCCCUGAUGGCGUGAUGCCGUGGGGACCACUCCAGCGCCCAACUUCUCCAGCGGAGAAGCAGAUUUCAGCUGGUGGGAGACUUGCAGCUACGGGACUUGGGGCUGGGGUACAGGGGGGGGAUUCCUGCCUCCCUAACCACCCCCACACACACAGGACAGUUGGCUGGGACAAGAGAGACGGUCGAUUGCCACAGGACAAAGGGCCCGAUGGGGAUGGCGGCCGAGAGGACUGAGUCGACCUGCCGCGUCAGUGCGCCCCAUCUCUCUGCACAACUCUCUCCCCAAACCCCCGACUCACAUUUCCGUGUCUGAGGCCAGUAUUGUAAACCUUUCCCGCUUCACUCUACCGUUUGCCCAUCCUUUCUGCGCAUCUUGAGCAGCCGUCUAACUGGGAUCUGCCAAGUGGAUACUGGGGUGCCAUUCCCCCUAAGAAAAGACUGAGCCAGGAAUUGCAUACCCCCCACCGCACACCCCUCCCAAGACCUGGACCUGGUUCCUGAGAGAGGCUCUCUCCUUUCCCCCUGCUGCGUCCCGAACUCUGAAGGGGCGCCUGCCGCCGGCCGUGAGGUGGGGGAGUAGGGCCCGCUUGAAUCCCAGCAGUCUUCGGGUUUCCGGAGCUCUUGCGACUCACCCAAGCCUGUGAGCCCAGUGCUUGCAGGGGUGACUCCGGUCAGCUGGCCACUCCCUAGAGGACGCAGGACCUGCAUAACGGAUGAGACUAGCCUCCCAAGGGGGCGGCCUGGCCUGGGGAGGGAGUCGAGGAGGAGGAUGGAGAUGGAGCGUCCCUGGGCCAGGAGGGCGGGAGGGAAGGCUGGUGGGCAGCGCCGCCAGUGGGGAUCCUGACCCGGGAUCUCCUUGACUCCAGGCUGCCUGAAGGCUACUGUUGCUUCACCUCGAGGCCUCAGGCUCUGUAGUUCUCUGUGGCCUCAAGACUAAAUGUCACCCCCCACCCACCCACCCAACAGUAGGCCUCUUCCCAUCCCCUCUGACCUGUGCCUCGCUCUGGCAGGGAGACGACUACCUGUCAUUGCCACUGCCACCGGGUCGCGGAUGGAGGCCUCGCCAGGACCCGUCCUCCUUCCCCCAGAGCUUCCCUACCCACCUGGGCAAACAGGGCAUCUGGGACAGGUGACGCUCGAACAUUUCUCAGACAGCCAGGCCUACACAGACAGGCCUGGAGACAUUCAACCCCCACAGGGGAGGACGGGAGGCCCAGGCGGCCCCGUGCGGUCUACCUCCUGUCUCCUCGCUCAUUUGCCCAUCGCCAUCUCAGUGGUCUCCCCGGGAAUCCUGCAGGGUCAGCCUCCCCCGGGCAGGUGGGCCCGGCCACCGCUCUCCCGACACCUGGCUUGUUGGCACCAGGGAGGGCCUCGGUGCACGGGGGCCUUAGAGGGAAGUGAGCCCACGAGAAGCAACCCUGAGUCUCAAAGAGGACAUUUGUGGUUUGCAGGAGAAAGGAGGCUAAAUUUUAAGAAGUGGUGGCACAAGGGGAUGGGGACUUGCCAAGCCAGCCACCUGGGCGUUGUACUGUCUUUAUUUUUAAAACCACUAAAGUGCAAGACUUCCUUUUGCACUUUUCUCCACUUUUUUUUUUUUUUCUCCUCCUGGGUUUUUGUUUCUUUUUAUAAACAUACUUUCUGGGUUUUCUAAUGGAGUUAUAUGGUCUAGCCAUCCUCACAGACCCUGGCCCCCCUCUCAAACUCCUCUGGGUGGGGAAAGGGAAGGUGGGGAGCGUCAGCCACCUUCUCAGGUCCCCGGCCACCAGCCUGAGUCCUGAAUCUCCCGCCACCGUCGCCGCCACCACCGCUGCCACCACAACCGCCACCGCCACCACCACCACCACCACCACCACCACACAGUAGCCCACACGGAUAGACAGUUGUCAGACAAGAUUCCUUCAGAUUCCGAGUUGCCUACCGGUUUUUUUUUCUUUUUUGAAGACAGCAAUAACCACAGCACAUAUUACUGUAGCUCUUUGUAGUGUUACGUACAUACAUAUCAUAGCUCUAUUCUCUCCCUUUGUUUUGUUUUCGACUUUUUUUUUUUUAAUAAACGCUCAUAAUCUUUACUGGUGAAGAGGAUGAAAAAAAAAUAAAUUGACAAAUAAAACCAGUUUGUGGGGAAAAGAAUUUUAAAAAAAGCGGGAAAAAAAAAAUCACCUGAAUGCAGAGGGGCUCGCCUCCUGUUUAGCAUUUUGUACCUGAGGAAAUAAAAAAAAAGAAAAAAAAAGCCAGAGGAUCUCACGUUUUAUUAAAAAAGUGAAGAUUGCUGUAUACUAUUUAUUCAACUUAUAAUUUAUGUUACUCCUUGAUCUUUGUCUUUUGUCAUGACAAAGCAUUUAUUUAAUAAAGUUAUGCAUUCAGUUA